CAAUAUCAUGUCUCGGCUUGUUUUGCUGCUUGUGCUGUUUGUGUGUGUUGGCGCUCAGCUCUGCUACGCUCAGCACUGGUCCCACGGCUGGUAUCCCGGGGGGAAAAGGGAGCUGGACUCCUUUGGAGCAUCAGAGAUGUCAGAGGAAAUUAAGUUAUGUGAAGCGGGGGAAUGCAGCUACUUGAGACCCCAGAGGAGGAGUACCCUGAGAAACAUUGUUUUGGACGCGUUGGCCAGAGAGCUCCAGAAGAGAAAGUAACAGCUUCUCAUCUCUAGUAUGCUUCUCUACAGUGACCGUGUUCUCCUACGUCUUUGUCUUGCAGUCAUUCUGUAUUGUUAUUUUAUUUUUUGUUCUGUUUUUUUUUUUUUUUUGUCUAAAGUGUUUUUUCUGUGUGGCAAAUCGAAGUGGAAGUUGUGUUAGCCCAAAAUAAAGUGUCUAUUUUGAUACUAA